AUGGAUAAGGAAACAGAACAAACCCUAAAUUACUUACCUUUAGGUCAGAGCGAUCCCUUUGGCAAUGCCAAUGACGGAACAAUCGGCGAUUUCCUCGGAAGAUUCUGUAACCCUCAAGAGAUUUCACUACAAUCCUUCUCCCUCAAUUCUCAGAUCUCUGAGAAUUUCCCCAUCUCUGGAGGAAUCCGAUUUCCACCGUAUCCAGGAGAACAAUUCGGAUCUGAUCGGGAAUUUGGAGUUCUCGGGUCGCAACCAACGACACAGGAGAGUAACAAGAGCUCGUUGUUGGAUCCAGAUUCUUCGGAUCGAGCUCCGACCACGAAAUCCAACUCCAGGAAGAGAAAAUCGAACCCUGCUCCUGGAAAUGGCAAGGAAUCUCCAGCUUCAUCGUCUCUUACAGCUUCCAAUUCAAAGAUUUCAGGAGAGAAUGGUGGAUCCAAGGCUGGGAAGAGAAGUAAGCAGGAUGAAGAUGGGAGCAGUAAAAACGUAACAGAGAAGUGCGAUAGUAAAGGCGACAAUAAGGACGAUGCAAAGCCUCCCGAGGCGCCUAAAGAUUAUAUUCAUGUUAGAGCAAGAAGGGGUCAGGCAACCGAUAGCCACAGCCUCGCUGAAAGAGCAAGAAGAGAAAAGAUCAGCGAGAGAAUGACGUUGCUUCAGGAUCUUGUUCCUGGUUGCAACCGGAUUACAGGGAAAGCGGUCAUGCUUGAUGAAAUUAUAAACUACGUGCAGUCCUUGCAGAGACAAGUCGAGUUCUUGUCAAUGAAGCUCGCAACUAUAAAUCCAAGGAUGGAGUUUAAUUCUAGUGCUGCUUUAUCCGCUGAGAUGAUACAACCGGGAGAGUCUUUAACGCAGUCGCUUUAUGCAAUAGCUUGCUCAGAGCAAAGACUUCCAUCAGGAUACUAUUCCCUUGGCAAGAACAUGCCAAGAUUCUCAGACACGCAAUUCCCCUCGAGCGAUGGAUUUGUUCAAGCUGAGACACAGGGAUUCUGGGAAAAUGACCUGCAAAGCAUUGUUCAGAUGGGUUUUGGAGAUAUCCGACAACAGAGCAACAACAACAGCUGUUCUGAGCCAACACUUCAGAUGAAGCUUGAGCCAUAA